CUUUUAACGUUUUUUACUCGCCGGGACGAAAUAAGGGGGGAGGGGGUCAGGUCGCCGUCGUCGAGUCUACUCCGCUGCCGGUGCGUCCGCGGCCGGCGCGUCACCGCCCUCGGCGGGCGCAUCAGCGGCGGGCUCGGCCGGGGCGGCGUCGCCGCCUUCGGCGGGCGCGGCAUCCGCGGCGGGCUCGGCGGGCGCGGCGUCGCCGCCCUCGGCCGGAGCAUCAGCGGCCGGGGCAUCACCGCCCUCGGCCGGAGCAUCACCGCCCUCGGCGGGCGCGUCACCGGACUUCUCCGGCGGCUUGGUCGGGUUCUUUCGCUCCUGCUGCCCCCGGAUGCUUGCCUGGAGCUUGGUCGCGGCCUUGUUCUGCUCGGCCUCAUAGGCCGAGAUGGCGUCCUUGGUCACCUUGCCGUCGGCGGCGGCGGCGUCGAAGGCCUUCUGGGCGUCCUCGUUCCAGCCGCCCUCGCCGGCGUAGGCCUUGGCCUCGUCCAAAGUGACGGAGUCGCCCUCGGGGAGCGCAACCGAGCCGCCGGCGCCCAUGGUGCUUCUCUAGGGUGUUUUUCGGGUGGUGCCUGCGCGGGCGACGGCGUAAUGAAGCUGCGCGUGCAAGGGUGCGGCGGCGCGCGGGGAGUUCCGGGGCUGACGCUACGAUGAAGGGCUGCCCCACCGCGUCCGCCCGCGGCGCGGCGGUGCCCGCGCGGUCGUCUGGGCCUCGAAGGUUGCUUUGGCAGUGGGCGCCGGUGCCUACGUGCGAGGUAGCGCGUUUUGGUACGCGUUUUACUGAAUACCGUAGCGAGUGCAAGGGAGCGCUAAAUUAGUGGCCGCCCACUAGGAUUUUGAACGCCGAGGCGGCGCUUCGGCUUUUCGGGG